CUCCUCUUCCUAUCGACGUCAAAAGUGACCGUGACUAGUUCACAAAGUCACACGUUGAUCUGGUUUGUUCUGUUCACAAAGAGCUUCUUCAGACAUGUUAGAUAGGUUUUAUAAAACGAUGACGAUCGCGUGUCGGCGUAAUGCUUAAGGUAGUGGCUUUGGUUCGUUUGUGCUGCAGUGGCAGCAGGAUCGAAUCCCGUUAAAGAGUUUUUGCUAUAUUGAAGAAUUUCCCUGAAAACACGACAUCAUCAUUAACAUUUAGGAAUUUGAAGUAGUGAUGAGUACCUGCAUUGUCAGGGACCUGGGAUAUUUGACUAAACAUACAUCAUCUGAUCAGCUGCAGUUCAUUCCCGUAUUACUUCAAGACAAUUGAAGCAAGUAAAAGCUCUGGCGUUCACAUACACACACACACCAAUGAGGUAGUUGUAAGGAGAUCCCAGUGUAAGUGAAGAGAGAAUAAAAGAACAAAUGGGAGCAGAGAGCAAGAAAGGAGAACCAGAGAGAGAGAGAGAGAGAGAACAAAAGAACACGGGGGAACAGAGAGAGGGAAUAAAAGAACAAAUAGAAACAGAGAGUGAGAGAGGGGGACUAGAGAGAGCGAGAGAAAGGGAACGCAAGCGCAGUGGAUGCAGCAAUAGGAGGGUGCGGUGGUCUGGAUCAUGGGAUUGAAACUGCGAGAGUGAGGAGCAUCAAGAAGCAGACUCACACAAGAAGCUCUGUGCUCACACACGGUGGAUCCAGGCAGAGGCAGUGAGCCAGUAAAGCAGGAGCCAUGACAGACACUGACUCUCUGAGUGAGGCAAUAAAGGCGAUCAGUGUGACGACAGAGUUGAUAGAUGAGGAGCUUCAGCCCCAUCUGGACACUUUGCUGGCUGCCCUGCUAGAAAAGAAGAAAGAUGCUGCUGUCGACAUAGCCAAGAGUGGGAUUUUACCAACAUUUGCUCAGGCCUUACAGAAUAAAAGCAGUCUGAGCUGCCAGGUGGCUCUGGUCAUUGCAGAGAUGGCGCGUGAAGCUGCAGUCAGGGAGCCAUGCAUUGAGGCAGGUCUGGUCAACACGCUGGUUCCACACCUGAGAAGUAACAACCAGGAGAUGCUGCUUAACACUGGCAGAGCCAUCGGUCGCAUCUGCUUUGAGAACUCUUACCAACAGGACCUGUUAGUCAGGAGCGGUGUGAUCCCCAGACUGGUGUCCAUAAUGAAGGAGUACCCAGAGAAUGACCCACUGGUCAACGUUUGCCUGCUGGCCCUGUGUAACCUGGCUGACAUGGACUCAGCAAGAGAAGCCCUUUCAGAGGUGGAUGUGGCAAAUGUACUGAUACUUCAGCUGAAACGGGCAUCUGAAGCUGAACGCAGACACGUCAUCCUGGAAAUACUGGGCUCACUGGGGGAAAGUGAUACACUGAAGGUGCAAUUUGCAGAGUCUGGAGUAUCGGAAGCUUUAUCAGAGAUGAUUCAGGGUCUUCAGGGAGGUUCUGACCCCCAUGAACUCUGCAGCAUCAAGAUUGCUUCUAACCUCAUAGUGUCACUGCUUUUGGGAGAUGAAUCCAUGCAGAGGUGUUUUGGUGAGGGAUCAGGACUGGUGUAUCGGAACAUUCUGUCCUGGCUGCAGAGCUCCAACACCCAGCUGCAGCUGUCUGGAGCCUUGGCCAUUGCCAAUUUUGCCAGAAAUGACAGCAACUGUGUGAAAAUGCUGGACCUCGGUGUGGUGCCUCACAUCCUGACUUUGUUGGAGCAGCAUAUUGAUGAAGGAGACGUGUCCGUCCAACACGCUGGACUGAGUGCGCUCAGAAACCUGGCCAUUCCAGCCACCAACAAAGUGCGGAUGCUGGAGGACGGAGUGACUGAAAGAAUAAAGAUGCUGCUGCAGUCUGAUAUGCCCCCGGUCCAAUUCAAACUGCUGGGUACACUACGCAUGAUGGUCGAUGGGCAAGAGGAGACGGCCUUGGUGCUGGGGAGAGACACACUGCUGCUGGCGCGUGUCAUAGAGUGGUGUGAAGCCAAGGACCACGCAGGUGUUCGUGGAGAAGCCAGUAGGCUACUGGCUGCCCUCAUUAGACACAGCUGUAACGCAGAAGUCGUCCGUGCUAUAGCCAAAGCAGACGGAGUUCGGCACCUUAUCUCAAUGGCAACAAGUGAGCAUGUCAUCAUGCAGAACGAGGCCCUGGUUGCCCUGGCAAUAGCAUCUGCAAUUGACAUUGACUCCAUGCAGGGUCCGUUUAGGGAGGCCAAUUUAUUGACGAUGCUGAAGCAGAUGCUGGACAACCCCGUUGGUGCUGUUGAAGUCAAGUUCAGUACCUUGGGACUCGUCUGCAGCCUUGCUAACGACAGUGAGAUGAAGGCGGAGUUGAACUCUGUAAAUAUGAAGGAAAGCCUCAGUAAACUGACAGAUCACAGCAGCAGCAAACUUUCCUCACAGGCCAAAACCCUGCAGGCCGUUCUUAGUGGGAGCAGCUGAAGCAGCACAGAGGCAGAAUAUCUCAUCUACUGGACGAAUUGUUUGGCUUCUCAUUCAGUGACAUUGCUGGCUUCUUAAACAUUGCCUGUUGUAGUAACUAAUAAUAAUUAUUCAAAUGCAGUUUUCACAGCGGGAAAAAACUAUACUGACACGUUCCCAAGUGACUGAGCAAAUGAAAAGUGGCUCAUUCAUCCAGGAAACUUUCAUACAUUUUACUUGACAGAUGUUUACUUUUCUGGAAUAGGUCCAGCUGCCAGAAAAUAUUAGAGUGGGUUCAAUCAUUCAAACUGACUGGAAUCCCAAAGCCAUUUCUGAAACAUUGGAACGAUGUUGCUAAAUGUUGAAAUGCUACUCUUACAUUUCAAGGAUGAAGACAAACAUUCCCUCUUAGCAGAAACAACCCUAUGCUAAUUGUCCUCAGUGUGAAGGGUUAACACAGAAAGGCCUCAUUUUGCACAAUGCUGAUCUGUAGACACAAUGUGUGUCUGACUGACCUGUCUGUGGACACAGUGGUGGAGGUUGGCACUGAUAGAAGGUAAUGUCUUAAAGUCCAGGGAUGUCUGUUUUUCUGUCUGUCACCCUGUAAUGGACUGGUAGGUGCAGUUCGCCCUUUGACCCUAACAAGGUCAAAGCUGUAGAAAGUGAGUAACCUUAACCAUAACUGCUACAAACAGUGUUCUCAUUUACCAAAAUAAAAAUAUAUAGUAUAUAGAAUAUAUAAAAUAUAGAAAGUAUAUAGAGGUGAAGGUGACGUCAAAUCUCUGUUUGGGGUUUUUGGCAGAUGAAGAUUUAUUCACGAAGAUAAGAAUUUUUAUACUAUUACUUUUUCUAAAAACCUCCCAGCUGUUAAGGAAAUAGCACGUAUUGUAUAUUAAAAAGUCAUAGCAAUGAUAAAAUAACAUGUAAAUGUAACAGAACUAAAUCUUCACAUAAUAAAACCACUGAAACUUACACAAUUUCAUAAUUGUUCAGCAAAAUGUUGAGAUGGUUUUAACCGAAUGAAAGCGACAUGACAAACAAUGACACCACCACCAAAGCACCACAUCCAGUAAUCAUCUCAUCAGAAAGCCUGUACGUUAGUGCAGCGGUUCCUAACCUUGUUGGAGGUACUGCACUGUAAGCCCUGACAUCAUGUCAACAAGUGACAACAAGUACAAUAUACUCAAGUUAUGUAAGUUUUGUGCGAUUAUUAUUAAAUUUAAGUUCACUGCACUAAUUCGGAGUAGAAUCUACUUAAAACUGAGGAGAAAUUCAAAACCUGGGCAACUUAAAGUUAAAUGUAUUUAAAAAAAUUUAAGUUUUCGUGGUGAUCAUGUGUUUGUAUCUCCAUGGAGACAUGAUUUAAAGCUUUGUCUGUCUUUGACUGUCUUCUUCGAAACUGUGUGAAAAAAAACCAUUAACAUUAUUAACGAGAUAUUACUCAACCGCCUCAGUGACUGCUAGCUGACUGUAGCUAUUUCCAUUUUAAUAGUUCUUCAUCUCAUUAGAUACACAAACAUUCCUCUAACGUGAACUACAAACACUGAACUGUCACACAAUACCAUCUGGCAAAACAACGGACAUGUCACGGCGCUCUAGGUAGCGGACCCACACGCACAGCGGAGACAAGGCUCGGUGACAAAAGGGUUUAAUAGUUCUCGUGGUCAGACAGGCAAGGGUCGGUGCACAGGUAGGUCAUAGGCAGCAGCACAGACAAGGAUAAGGCAAGCGGAUGUCAAAGACAGGCAACGGUCAGACUCACACAGGCAGACAGGAUAAUCACAGGCUGGGCUGGAGACGUGGUCAGGAUCAAAAGCACGGCAAGGUAAAGGUAAGAAUGCUGGAAAGCUGAACGGGUGAGUGAACAAACAAUCUGGCAAGGUGCUGGGCUUAGAGGUGGUGCUUAAAUACAAAGUGAGUGAUGACUAAUGAACUGCAGGUGUGUACAAUGACCGGGUGAAGCAGGAACAGCUGUGAUAUAACGUAAACCGGAAGGUGAAGCUAGAACCAAAAACAGAGACCGGGAGAUUACCAAAAUAAAACAGGAACUACUGUGCUAAAACGGGACACAACAAGAAACAAAACCUCAGAUCGUGACAGGACAAAGCGCCCCAGACAUAUUUACUUGACUUCCGCCAGAGAACAGCUUAACAGUCAGGGUUUCCAGACACACGAUAAUUAUCAUUUUUAUACUUUAGUUUUGUGGUCUGUAUGAUAUAUAAUAUCCUAGAGACAAUAUAUGAUAAUUUUGACACUGCCGUGCAUGAUCAUUUCAUGUUGAUUUGAUUGACGCACAAAUCACCAGAAACUAUUUUUAGUUGUAGCUGGUUGACUCCUCUCCCCUGUCAAUCGCAUUGGUUCGUUGAUGAUGCUUGUGUGUUUUGUUUUUUAUGACUUCAGUAGAGAAAUUGCACUUCACAACAUCAAAAGGACAGAAAAACAGAGAGAAACCAUACAUACCAUACAAACACACAUCCAUGAACAGAGCAAAUGCAGUCUGAUAGCAGCAGGUAGGAGAGAUCUGCGAUAUCUCUCAAGGGUAGAUCAGUCUGCUACUGAAGCUGCUCCAGAGCAGACAGUGAGUCCUCCCGUGGGUCAGAGUCCUGGUUCAGGAUGGAUGUGGGUUUAGCCAGGACCCUUCUCUCUGUCCUCGCCCAGGACAGAGCCGGACUUCUUGAUGAUCCUGUCCAGUCUCUUCCUGUCCCUCACUGUGAUGCUGCUGCCCCAGCAGACCACACGUAUAGGAUGGCUGAUGCCACCACAGAAUCAUAGAAGGUCUUCAGGAGUGGCCCCCUCACUCCAAAAGACCACAGUCUCCUCAGCAGGUACAGUCUGCUCUGACCCUUCCUGUACAGUGCAUCUAUGUUAUGAGUCCAGUCCAGUUUUUUGUUCAGAUGCACUCCCAGGUACUUGUAAGAGUCCACUCUCUCAAUGUCCCUUCCCUGGAUGUGCAUCGGUGAGAUGACAGCAGGCUGCUGUCUGCGGAAAUCCACCACCAUCUCCUUUGUUUUCCCUGCAUUGAUCAGGAGGUGGUUCCGCUGGCACCAGUCCACAAAGUUCUGAGUGAGUCCUCUGUACUCUGCGUCGUCAUCAUCGGUGAUCAGUCCGACAAUCGCAGAGUCAUCAGAGAACUUCUGCAGAACACAGCUGUCCGUGUUGUGUCUGAAGUCUGCCGUGUAGAGGGUGAAGAGGAAGGGGGCCAGUACAGUCCCCUGUGGGGCCCCCGCACUGCAGGUCAGAGUGUCAGACACACAGUCCCUGGCUCUCACAAACUGAGGCCUGUUUGUGAGAUAGUCCAUAAUCCACUCCGUCAGAUUAAGGUCCACACCAGCCUCCUCCAGUUUGUGUUUCAGAAGCACCGGCUGGAUGGUGUUGAAGGCACUGGAGAAGUCAAAGAACAUGAUCCUCACAGUGCUGCCGGGCUUCUCUAGGUGGGAAAGGGCUCGAUGUAGGAGGAAGAUGACGGCGUCGUCUGCUCCUAUGCCGUGUCGAUAGGCAAACUGCAGCGGGUCCAGGUAAGUUCCUACUUCAGAUCUAAGGUGACCCAGGACCAGUCUCUGCAGUGUCUUCAUCAGAUGGGACAUGAGAGCCACUAGUCUGAAGCUGCUGAUGUCUUUGGCUUCCGGUGUCUUGGGCACUUGUACCAUGCAAGAGGUCUUCCAGAGCCCUGGUACCACCCUCAGCUUGAGGCUUAGGUUGAAGUCUUGCUCCAGAACUCUGCAUAGUUCACCUGUGCAGGACUUUAGGAGUCUGGAGCUGAUGCCAUCUGGUCCAGCUGCUUUCCUGUUCCAUGAUCUAAAUGCUCUCUUCUCCUUAAACAGAGCUUUAAUAUCAGGGGUGACCCACGGCUUGUUGUUGGUGAAACACUGUACUAGGCUGGAGGGAACGGUGUUUUUACAGCAGAAGUUAAUAUAUUCUGUCAAGCAGUCUGUUAUUGUGUUAAUGUCCUCCCCAUGUGGGUCACAGAGCUCCGUCCACACAGUGGUGUUAAAACAGUCCCUGAGAGCCUCCUCGCUCUCAGCUGUCCACCUCUUCACUAUGCGGGGCACCACCGGCUGCCUGUGUACAACAGGUUUAUACACAGGCAGGAGAUGCAGGAUGUUGUGGUCAGCUCUGCCCAGUGGUGGGAGGCAGGAUGCAGUGUAGGCCUCUUUGGUGUUGGCGUAGAAUAAGUCCAUAUAUAUAUAUAUAUAUAUAUAUAUAUAUAUAUACAUACAUAUAUCUGUUGGGGCAGGUCACAUACUGGGUGAAUGUGGGCAGAGCAGCUGAAGGAGGUGCAUGGUUAAAGUCCCCAGAGAUCAGGAAGACGGCCCGUGGGUGCUGUGUUUGCAGCCUUCUGGUGACUCAAAAGCUGUGUCAGCGUUCAAUUACUGGUCCAACCGAGGGUGGGGGUUAUUAUUAUUAUUAUAACACGUGUAAACUCCCGUGGCAGGUAGAAUGGCCUCAUGCCCACCGCUAACAGCUCAGUGUUUCUGUUACACAGCUUCUCUCUGAUGCAAUGUCCUGGCAUACACCACCUGAUGUUCACAAACACAGCCAGACCCCGUCCCUUCCUCUUAUUGCUGUCCUCUGUCCUGUCCACACGCAUCAGAUGAAAAUUGCCCAGUGCGACAGUCAAGUUCGGGAUGAGUGGAGUCAGCCAGGUCUCUGUGAACAGCAGGACGCUGCUCGCCCAGUACUCCAGCUGGUGCCGUGCCGUCGUUUUCUCCCACCGGUCUUCACUAGCAGCUCAGUGGGGAUCUCGUGUCUUUCCCUGGGGAGAACUGCGGCACUGCACAGCGUGAUCAACUGCUCCACGGUGUAAACAAUGCGUGCUCUGGCCCCGAAAAACAUUGACGCUUUUAACAGCGUGUCAUGUUUUGGUUUUGUUUCCGGUUUUACUUUGAAAAAACUUUCUGUUUCACCCAUGCCACAGCUGUUUUCACGCAAUCACCGGUUUCAUCAUGCACACGUGACGGUUAUCAGCAAUCAACCCAGUAUAUAAGCACCAUCUCUCACACCAGUCAACUGCCAGAUUGUUGCUUGUACUCACCACUAUCCAGCGUUCUUGUUCUUGCUCUGAUUCCUGAUCCUGACCUUGUUCUUUAACCACCGUUACCGAUUCCUGCCUGAUCCUUGCCUGCCUUGUCGACCGAGUCUGUCUGGUAACUACCCUGCCUGUUUUCUGACCUUGAGACCGCCUUAUCCUGAACUGUACUGCAACCAGAGCUCACCUGUUAAUGAACCUUGCCUGUCCUUGAACCUGAAACUGCCUGACCCCCUGUAUAUUGACGCCGUGCUUACCUGUGUAUGACCUCGCCUGAAAUUGACCCUGCCUUUGUCUUUUACUAUCAUCUACGUUCUGCCUGAGCCGUGCAUGUGGGUCCGCCAACUCAGAAGAUCUGACACAGCGUUUGUACUGCCUAAAACUUAAAAAAAGCUACACUGUAACAAGGUAACUAUAAAAUCUACAGUAACUUGCUGGCAGCAAUUAGCGAGUAACUGCUGUAGUACAUUACACAGUACUUUGCUGUAAUUGUUACUGCAGUAAUAAUCCUACUACGAUAGUUUGGUAUUAAAGUAAUGAUUACAAUCCCGUAAUAGCUAUUACAGUAAUAGGAUGCUGUGUUUUAAAUCACAGCAUUCUUACUGCUGUUGUUUAUUUUUUUAUGGUAAAAUGUCAUUUAUUACCAACAACAAAAUGUCGAAGUUCUCGUUCUGCCCGGUGAUAAAUGAACUGAAUGCCGCUUGAAAAAAUACUGCAUUGUAAUAUACAGUACAAUAUAUUUACUGUAGAAUUCUCCCGCCAAUGAAUUUUAACCAAGAUGCAUUGCAGCUUUAUAGCUGCAUGUAAGAUCUGCAGUAUGAAUUGGGGAAUUAUACAGUAAUAUGGCCGUAAAACUACAGAAACAUGUUACAAUGUAUAUACAUGUUGUGUACAGUACAGUUAUAUUUAAAUAAGCAAAGAAAGUAUUAAAUAGAAUCAAGAGGACAGGAAUUGCUGUGAAUGGCUGCCAGCUCGACCAGUGCCAGAAGUAGAUAUUGCAAGAUUAGGUUAACCUACAAUAGUGUAUUGUAAAAUAAAAACGCAUACAUUUCUUUUAACCAAUCAGGUGCAUCAGCUGCACUAAGCCUUCUGGGUAAUGAUCAUCAGUGAUCAGUUAUGUUAGAAUGUUCUCUUGUUGGUUGGUUUUGUUCACUGUUGGUAAAUGUUUGUACAGUUGGCGGGCAUCAUAAGGGAUACUGGUGUGCAGGGGAGUAACCCACGUAGCGGUUGGCACAUACUAAUGUUAAUAAUAAUAAUAUAAUAAUAUAUUUUAAUAUUAUAUUUAAUAAUAUUAAUAAUAUUAAAAUGCCAUUGCUGCAUUCACAGGCUGAUUACUGACAGAGAGGACUUGAGAACUAGUUUCUGUUUGUAAAACCAGCCUUAGUUCUUGUGGUGAAUUAGGCGGAGAUGCACUUAUCUGUGCUCCCAUGAACUUUUCUGCCUGCAGUAGCUGCUAAUGUGAAGUCGAUAGACAAAAUAGUAGAUACUAUAAAUAUUUUUUAAAUUAAAUCAAUUUCGUAAUUACUGGGAGGGCGGCAGCGAGAAGGUCCCGGGUUCGAUUACCGGGGCAGACCGGUUGCCUUUCUAUGUGGAGUUUGCAUGCUCUCCCAGUGUCCGUGUGGGUUCUCUCCAACUGUGCAAACAAACACAAGCAGAUCAUCGAGCCAAUCAGCAGCGCUGCUGAAGUGAUUGAAAGAGGGGAGGAGCCAACCAGCUACGAGUCAAACGGUUUCUGGUGAUGUGUGCAUCAAUCAAAACAAAAUCAAAGCAUGACGAACAGCAGUGUCAAAACUAUCGUCUAUUGGCUCUACAAUAUCCUAGAUCAUACAGACCCCAAAACUAUCAUCUAAAUACAAUAAUCGUAUGUCGAGCAACACUGGCACCAAAUUCCCUGCAGCACAGAUUGGCAAUGGAGCGGGAUCAUCUGCAGCCAAUGUUCGCCAAGCGCAGCGUAUCAUCAUUAUAUGAGUUGGGAGGGUGUCUUGUGUCUUGACCCUGAGACUGAGACUAAGAAACCCUAGUCUAAGGAGUCCAACAAGUUGUCCUUCUUCAUAGGAACAAACCUGCUGUGGUGCGUUUAAGGCAGGUACAGUAGGCCAGGAUGGAUGUAGCCUUACUGCCCCUGCUACUGUAGGAGGUUAUGACUCAUUGACCCUUGACUAUAGGCACAGUUAAUCUAACACGGGGUUUAACAUUAUAGUAUAUCAGUAAUAUUAUUAAAUCUAGAACACAAGAGCUUUAUAUUGUUAUUUAUGUUACAUUCAAAGCAGCUGUACUGUGUUUGUGUCCGCUACAGGGAGAAGAAAAAGAAGAAAAACGCACAAGUUAUCCUUUGAAACGAGUGAAAUAGUGUGAUGAACAGGUGUGAAAAACCAGUAGCACAGUGUGACUAUUCAGGAAUGAUGUUACUAGGGGAAUACAACCCCUUCCUUUUACAUGUGACAUGGCAAAUGUCACAGAACAAAUGAAAUGUCAAAUAUAUUGAACUGCAACCAUUACACCAGACAUCUGACAUAGUAAGUAAAAACAUUGUUCCAAAAGGUCAUAUAUUGUCUAUAUGGCAGCAAUAAGCAAAAGGUGCACAUACUGUACGUGAAAAAAAGACUCAUACUGGAAAUUGUUCACAUAAUUUAUAUCCUGGCACUCUGUAAGUGUACAUGUGACUUUUUCAUAAAUAGUUUUAGAGCAUGUUGUGCAAAGUUUUGCAAAAUUAAGUUAGGCCAUGUCUUCCCUCAAAACUGUGUCUACAGUCUCUUCACUUGUUUAUUCCAAAUAAAGAACUAUGCUGGCAA